UGCAGGUUUGCUGCUUCAGGUUCAUUCAUGCAUGGAGAUUUGUUUCAAGACACACUGAAACCUGAACCAGUGCUGAUAUAUUUACUAGCCCAUACUUCAGAGCUAUCAACCUGAGUCGUGAGUAACAGCUACUGUAAGUAGCUUCUGUGCGCUAUGAAGAAUUUUUCAGUUCCUCUGCAAGCUAAUGAAUAUCAGACUGAAAGUCUUUUUCCUCAGCUUAUCCUGAAUUUGACAAAUAAGUCAGAUCCAGUUGGAAGACAAGAAAGAGAUGAGCAAUUAGCUCAGUUAGAGAUUGCUGUGUUGGGAGUAAUAUUUAUGACAGCAUCUGUGGGCAAUUUUAUUCUCAUACUGGUACUGUGGAGGAGAAGAAAGAAGUUAUCUAGGAUGUAUGUAUUCAUGCUUCACCUGAGCAUAGCAGACUUAGUGGUAGCAUUUUUUCAAGUACUUCCCCAACUAAUAUGGGAUAUUACAGACAUUUUCAUAGGGCCAGAUGCAUUGUGCAGAACUAUCAAAUAUUUGCAGUUGUUGGGCAUGUUUGCCUCUACUUAUAUGAUAGUGGUCAUGACAGUGGACAGAUAUCAAGCAGUAUGCUAUCCCAUGGUCACUUUCCAAAAGAAAAGGGCUCUUUGGAAUGCUGCCAUUUGCACCAGCUGGUCUAUAUCACUGCUUUUUAGUCUUCCACAAGUAUUUAUCUUUUCCAAGACUGAAAUAUCUCCAGAUAUUUUUGAAUGCUGGGGUGAGUUCAUCCAACCUUGGGGCUUAAAGGCAUAUGUGACUUGGAUUUUUGUAGCUAUUUUCUUCAUUCCCACAGCUAUCCUUACCAUAUGCCAGGUUAAGAUCUGCAAAAUAAUACUAAUGAACGUACAUGUGAAAAAAAGGAAUGAAUUUGAAGCAAUAAAUCAGAAGCAAGUCCUGCCAUUCCAAGCAAGCAGUAUUAACUGUAUUUCAAAGGCUAUGAUCAAGACUGUAAAAAUGACAGUGGUGACAGUUAUUGCAUAUGUCCUUUGUUGGGCACCUUUCUUCAUUGUACAGUUGUGGUCUGUAUGGUACCCCAGUGGCAUUACUGAAGGUGCAGCAUUUACCAUCAUCAUGCUCCUGGGGAAUUUGAAUAGUUGUGCCAAUCCGUGGAUUUACAUGUAUUUUUGUGGCCACAUUCCAUAUUGUGCCAAAAAGCAGCCAAAAAACAUCUCAGCUCAGGAAGAAUCUGUGAUCACAGGAAGCAUUAAUUUGGUAGACAGGGAACCAGAAGAAAACCUAACUUGUAUGCCAGUCUUUUGCAGUGAAGGUCCAGGAUUCAGAUCCCACAGAUGACUGGGUUUCUAUCUAUGCAACCACUGAAUGUCUACAACUCUCAAUAAAAUCAGCUCCCAGUGAGGAUCUCUCGUGAUGAUUUAACCCUUUGGUUGUAUGUUUCUGUCCUUUCUGUUUGGUUUUAUUUCAGCUUGUUAAAUUUCAUAUAACAGCAAAAUAUUCAAAAUAUAUAUUACAAAUAUUUCUGUAACUAGCUUUGUCAAUUGGAUUUUCAGCAAAACAUGUAUCAUAUUCAGUCUGUUUAAAUUAACUAUAGAUAAUA